AUGGAAGGAUUUGUUAUACCUCUUUGCGUAUUGUCUCUAUUAUUUUCCAUCUUAAUUACCUCCAAUGGUGUAGACACCAUAACUACAGCAAAAUCACUUACAGAUGGUGAGACCAUAGUUUCAUCGAGUGAAACCUUUGAACUGGGUUUUUUCACCCCAGGAGCUUCCAAGAACCGAUACGUGGGAAUAUGGUACAGGGCAAUAUAUUACAAGGAAAUAACAGGAACGGCAGUGUUAUGGGUUGCCAACAGAGAAACACCACUCUUUGACACAUCAGGCGUGCUAAAGCUCACAAGCCAAGGAAUUCUAGUCCUUGUAAAUGGAACUAAUGACACCAUAUGGUCUAUUAACGCUUCGAGAUCAGCACAGGAUCCAGUUGCCCAACUUUUCAAUAAUUUUAAUAUGGUUGUGAGAAACGCAGAUGAUGAAGUUAAAGCCGAGAAUUUGUUAUGGCAGAGUUUUGAUUAUCCAGGGAACACGCUUUUACAGGGAAUGAAGCUUGGGAAGAACUUCUUAACUGGUCAAGAAUGGUACAUAUCUUCAUGGAAGAGCGAUAAUGAUCCAGGUGAAGGUGCGUUUACAUUCGUGCUUGAUAUGCAUGGAUACCCACAAAUGUUUCUGAGGAAGGGCACUGCUGACUACUUGUAUGGGUCUGGACCGGGGAAUGGUCUCCGCUUUCGCGGGAUUUCAGACUCAAACCAGAUUUUCCGAUUCAACUAUGAUUUAAUACUCAAUUAUGAUCUCAAUAUGGAGGAGGUUUACUACACUUUCGAUGUCCCCAACGCAUCAGUUGCUACAAGGACCGUGUUGAGUAGUGAAGGAUAUGUAGGGCAAUGGACAUGGGUUGAUCAAACCCGUGGUUGGAUCUCUAUGGCGAGAGCACCGGAGGCUGGCUGUGACAUGUACGCGUCCUGUGGCUCGUAUGGUAUCUGCAACAUUGUAAACACUUCAAUGUGCGGAUGUUUGGAUAAGUUUGUGCCGGUGAACCCAAGAGAGUGGGAACUUGGUGAUUGGUCAAAUGGGUGUGUUCGGAGGACGCCUUUGGGUUGCCACGAGGGUGGAGAAGAUGGGUUUGUCAAGUAUUCAGCGGUCAAAUUGGCCAACACACGGAACUCAUCAUUCGACAAAAGGAUGAGCCUUGAAGAAUGUCAGACAAUGUGCUUGAGAAACUGCUCUUGUAUGGCUUACGCAAAUCUGGACAUAAGCGAGGCGGGAAGUGGUUGCUUGCUAUGGUUUGAUUGA